CAGAGAAUAAAAACGGGAUUGGCUUGUUUUGCCUGUAGUCCUGUCAUCUGGUGAGAGAAUAGAGCAAUAUCUUCCCUCCCAAGGCUUUCUUCGUUCUUUUCUAUUUAUAGCAGUUUGUUGACUACUGUGAAUGGUGUAGGAGCACUUAAGUUUUUUGUUUACAAUAAUGAAAUUAGUCAUUUAAUAAUAAGAGAAAUACAGGAAUUAAUUGUUGUCUUUUAGAUUCCAUUUCCCUACAAAAUUGGUAAUACUUUCUUGCAUGUUUUAAUCUUUAUUUUGUUUCAACUGAUGCAGUGAGAGAGAUAUAUUUCUCCAAGAUCUUCCAUUACUUGCAUUUAUUAUGUCUCCACCAAAUGAUAAAAGCAUUUCACGAAACAAAUACAGUGUUGAAAUAAAAGAAAGUAAACAAAAACUAUUUUCAUUUCGUUGGUUGUUACGUAAAAGCAAAAGCAGUAAAUUUGCAAAAGAAACACAAUCAGAAAAAUGCAAUAAUGUGCCAGCUUCUAAAUCAUGCGAUACUGGACUCACUGCAAUGGAGACAGUUGAGCGUUGUCCAACAUUUUUGCUGUGGAAAUUGCUACCACCUGGACGAAGCUUAGGAAAUAAGUCAGCUGGAUGUUGUGCCACAAGAAAUAAAUUGCCAUUUAGAUCAUCAUUUAGUUGUAAUGAUGUGCAUGGUCUUGUCUCAUCUGCAAACUUAUUACCUACUGGUUCACACGAUCUGCUGGCAGAUAACAAAAGUAGCAAGUCUAUUUUCAAGCAUCCUAGUCAGAGUUUCUUCAAACUCAGCAAGUCUAAGGAUGGCCUUAGUCAUUUUGAUGACUAUCCAAAGUCGCCUUGUGUUUUUAAUUCUUGUGACUUAUUAUCAUACACUUCACAAAGCACUUUGUGUAAAUUAUGUUUGAUAAUGGUACCAAGUGAAAAAAUGUAUACAUUACAAGACUGUGGCUGUGUGUUUUGUGUGAUGUGCUUACAUCAGUACCUUACAUUUAACAUUAAAGAAGGUAAUGUGCCAGUUACAUGUCCAGAUGCAGAAUGCAGUUCAUCCGGAAAAAUUUUAGUUUCUGAGAUAAAAGAAAUUGCUGGGGAAGAUGCUUUAUUUAUGUUUGAACGUUAUAAGUUGAAUCUGGAUGUUGAUUUGGACCCCACCAGAGUUUGGUGUCCUUCUCCUGGCUGUGAAACAAUUUGUAGCUUUGAGCCUCUUUCUGAUCCAGAUAUUGGAGUAUCUGUCCAUUGCCAAAGUUGCAGGCUAAAGUUUUGCUCAACAUGUAAACUGAGAUGGCAUGGUAGUUCAAGUUGUGAUGAAGCAAAAAAAGCAUUAGCUGACGAAAUUGAAAUGUCAACUAGUGAUGAUGAAAGUUGGAUAAAGCGCUGUCCAAAUUGUCGGAUACCAAUUGAAAAAGAUGAAGGCUGUGCCCAGAUGAUGUGCUAUCGGUGUAAACAUGUUUUUUGUUGGCAUUGUCUGACAUCACUUGAUGAUGAUUUCCUUUUACGUCAUUAUGACAAAGGACCUUGUAGAAAUAAGCUAGGUCAUUCUAGAGCUUCAAUGAUAUGGCAUAGAACACAGGUGGUAGGAAUUUUUGCCGGAUUCAGUUUCCUGCUCCUCAUUGCUUCGCCAUUUUUAUUGUUGGCUGCUCCGUGCCUCCUGUGUUGCCGUUGCAAGAAUCGACUGUUCUACGAGGAAGCCACACCUCUAUGAGCAGUUUGAAUUUUUUUGACUUCCAUUUUCAAAUCACACGCGUAGUGCUCAGCAUCACAUUUUAUUAAACUUCUGUGAUAAAGCACAUCAAUAUUGGUCUGGCAAUAUUGUCCAAGAUGGUUCUGGUCCAAUUGGGUAUUUGGAGAGCUGUCAAGGGACAUGCAUUUCUUAUUGUUAUUGCACAUACAUAGUUGAAAAUGUACUAUUUCAUGGUUCUGUAUGGUUAAAUUUUAGUUUGCAAUAAACUGUUACGUUUUUAA